CUAGAGAGUAAUAUCGACACGAAAAGAAAUUAAACCGAUUCGGAUUCGCCAAAAGGGAAAUCCCAAAACAAUUGAAUUCCAAACGCCGCUGCGAUAUAAAUUCCGAUUUGGAGGCGCUGCGGUCGUUGCGUUAACCAAACGAAAUGGCUGAGGCGGAGGGAGGCUCCGAGCAGGAUGAUGUUUCAUUCCUUAGAACGGAGGACAUGGUCACGCUCUCCUGCACGGCGACGGGGGAGCGUGUCUGCUUGGCCGCCGAGGGAUUUGGUAACCGGCACUGUUUCCUCGAGAACAUUGCCGACAAGAAUGUGCCGCCGGAUCUGUCGCAGUGCGUCUUCGUCAUCGAGCAGGCGCUGUCCGUGCGUGCUCUGCAGGAGCUGGUGACGGCGGCCGGAUCCGAGACGGGCAAGGGAACCGGAUCGGGACAUAGGACAUUGCUCUACGGCAAUGCCAUUUUGCUCCGCCAUCACAACAGUGAUAUGUACUUGGCCUGCCUGUCCACGUCCUCGUCGAACGACAAGCUGUCCUUCGACGUGGGUCUGCAGGAGCACAGCCAGGGCGAGGCCUGCUGGUGGACAGUGCAUCCGGCGAGCAAGCAGCGCUCCGAGGGCGAGAAGGUGCGCGUCGGAGACGAUUUGAUCCUGGUGUCGGUGGCCACCGAACGCUAUCUGCACACCACCAAGGAGAACGAGCAAUCGAUCGUGAAUGCCAGCUUCCACGUCACCCACUGGUCUGUGCAGCCUUACGGCACCGGUAUCUCCAGGAUGAAGUAUGUGGGCUAUGUCUUUGGUGGCGAUGUACUGCGAUUCUUUCACGGCGGCGACGAGUGCCUGACCAUACCCAGUACCUGGGGUCGUGAGCCAGGAACAAACAUUGUAAUUUACGAGGGCGGCGUGGUCAUGGCCCAGGCACGUUCCCUGUGGCGCCUGGAACUGGCACGAACCAAGUGGACCGGCGGCUUCAUCAACUGGUACCAUCCGAUGCGCAUUCGCCACAUAACCACUGGACGCUAUUUGGGCGUCAACGAAAGCAACGAACUGAUCCUGGUGAAGAAGGAGGAGGCCUCGAUCGCGACGACGACUUUCUGCCUGCGGCAGGAAAAGGACGACGAGAAGAAGGUGCUCGAGGACAAGGACCUGGAAGUGAUCGGCUCGCCGAUCAUUAAGUACGGUGACACCACCGUCAUUGUUCAGCAUUGUGAGACAAGCCUGUGGCUCAGCUACAAGAGCUAUGAGACGAAAAAGAAGGGCGUUGGCAAGGUCGAGGAGAAGCAGGCCAUUUUGCAUGAGGAGGGCAAGAUGGACGAUUGCCUCGACUUUUCACGCUCUCAGGAGGAGGAGUCCAAGACAGCGCGUGUUAUCCGCAAGUGCAGCAGUCUCUUCACCCAGUUUAUUACGGCCUUGGAAACGCUGCAGUCCAACCGACGACACUCCAUUUUCUUCCAAAAGGUCAACCUCAACGAGAUGGUCAUGUGCCUGGAGGACUUGAUCAAUUACUUCUCGCAACCCGAAGACGACAUGGAACACGAGGAGAAACAGAACCGCUUCCGUGCUUUGCGCAACCGUCAAGAUCUGUUCCAGGAGGAGGGCGUGCUCAACCUCAUACUGGAGGCCAUUGACAAGAUCAACAUCAUUACCUCGCAGGGCUUCCUUGCCAGCUUUCUGGCCGGCGACGAGACUGGCCAGAGCUGGGACCUAAUUUCCACCUACCUGUACCAACUGCUGGCUGCCAUCAUCAAGGGCAACCACACGAACUGCGCUCAAUUCGCUAACAGCAACCGCUUGAACUGGCUUUUUUCGCGUCUGGGCUCGCAGGCCUCCAGCGAAGGAUCCGGCAUGCUGGACGUACUUCACUGCGUGCUCAUCGACUCACCCGAAGCCCUGAACAUGAUGCGGGACGAGCACAUCAAGGUGAUCAUCUCGCUGCUGGAGAAGCACGGCAGGGAUCCCAAGGUCCUGGAUGUACUCUGCUCCCUGUGCGUGGGUAACGGCGUGGCCGUGCGCUCCUCGCAGAACAACAUCUGCGACUUCCUGCUGCCAGGCAAGAACCUGCUGUUGCAGACCCUCCUGGUGGAUCACGUGGCCAGCAUCCGACCAAACAUCUUUGUGGGCCGCGUAGACGGUUCGUCCAUGUACCAGAAAUGGUACUUUGAGGUGACCAUGGACCACAUCGAGCAGACGACACAUAUGAUGCCCCAUCUGCGCAUUGGUUGGGCCAACACCUCCGGCUAUGUCCCGUACCCUGGCGGCGGCAAGAAAUGGGGUGGCAAUGGCGUGGGCGACGACCUAUACUCCUUCGGUUUUGAUGGUGCCAACUUUUGGACCGGAGGAAGGAAGACUCCCGUGGUAGACGCUCUGCCAGAGGAGCCCUUCAUCCGCAAGGGCGAUGUGAUUGGCGUGGCCAUCGAUCUCUCGGUGCCCAUUAUCACGUUCACCUUCAAUGGCGUCAAGGUGCGUGGUAGCUUCCGGGACUUUAACCUGGACGGAAUGUUCUUCCCGGUGAUGAGCUGCUCCUCGAAGCUCAGUUGCCGCUUCCUCUUUGGCGGCGAUCAUGGCCGCCUAAAGUUUGCCCCGCCUAUGGGAUUCUCAGCGCUGGUCCAGUGUCUUAUGCCGCAUCAGAUUUUGAGCCUGGACCCAUGCUUUUACUUUGGCAAUCUCAGCAAGAACGUCCUUGCCGGACCCUGGCUUAUCGAGGACGACACUGCCUUUGUCCCUAAGCCGGUGGACACCACCGGAGUGACUCUGCCCAGCUCUGUGGAUCAGAUCAAGGAGAAGCUGGCGGAGAACAUCCACGAGAUGUGGGCGCUGAACAAGAUCGAGGCUGGCUGGUCGUGGGGGGAGCACCGUGACGACUACCAUCGUAUUCAUCCCUGCCUCACCCAAUUUGAGAAGCUGCCUCCGGCAGAGAAGCGAUACGAUAAUCAAUUAGCUGUGCAAACACUCAAGACCAUCAUUUCAUUAGGUUACUACAUAACCAUGGAUAAGCCGCCGGCACGCAUCCGUCCAGUGCGCCUGCCCAACGAGAUUUUCAUGCAGGGCAACGGCUACAAGCCGGCUCCCCUCGACCUUAGCGCCGUGACCCUAACGCCAAAGCUGGAGGAGCUGGUGGACCAGCUGGCGGAGAACACGCACAACCUGUGGGCGCGAGAGCGCAUUCAGCAGGGCUGGACUUAUGGUCUGAACGAGGACAGCGAUAACCAUCGCAGUCCCCACUUGGUGCCGUAUGGCAAGGUGGACGAAGCUAUUAAGAAGGCCAACCGUGAUACGGCCUCGGAGACAGUGCGAACACUUCUGGUCUAUGGGUACGUUCUGGAUCCACCAACGGGUGAGGGCACAGAGGCCCUUCUGGCGGAGGCACAGCGUCUGAAGUUUGCCGCCUUCCGGACCUAUCGCGUGGAGCGCAACUACGCCGUGACCUCUGGCAAGUGGUACUUCGAGUUCGAGGUCCUUACCGCCGGACCUAUGCGCGUGGGAUGGGCACGAGCGGACUGCUAUCCGGGAGCCAUGCUGGGCAGCGAGGACACCAGCUGGGCCUUCGAUGGCCACAACGAAGAGAAAGUCUACGGUGGCGUCAGUGAGUCCUUCGGUAAACAGUGCGGACCCGGGGACAUAGUCGGCGUCUUUCUAGACCUCGCGGAUCACACAAUUAGCUUCUCCCUCAACGGAGAACUCCUCAUGGACGCCCUGGGCGGCGAGACGACCUUUGCCGAUGUUACUGCCGAAGGAGUGGGCUUUGUGCCAGCCUGCACCCUGGGCGUGGGCCAGAAGGCGCGCCUCAUCUAUGGCCAGGACGUGGACUCCCUCAAGUUCUUUACCACCUGUGGCCUGCAAGAGGGCUACGAACCCUUCUGCGUGAACAUGCGUCGUCCGGUGACCCAUUGGUACACCAAAGAUCAACCCAUUUUCGAGAACACCGAAGAGAUGCCCGACUGCCGCAUCGAUGUCACCCGAAUUCCCGGUGGUGCAGAUACCCCGCCGCAUUUGAAAAUCUCGCACAACACCUUCGAGACCAUGGAGAAGGCCAACUGGGAGUUCCUGCGUCUUUCCCUCCCGGUGACCUGCAUGAGUGAGUUUAUCAAUGAGCAGGAGAAGGCCCGACGCUGGGACGAGAUCAAGAACCGACAGUACCGUCUGAUGCGCGAGGCAGAGGCUGCUGCUCAGAUGGCGGUGCAGACCCAGGCCGCCCAUAUGGAUCACAUGCUCAAGGGAGGCUUCAAUAUGAAUGACAUCAAGGGUCUGACCCGGAACUUUGAUGAGCAUGCGGAUGCCGAGGCGGAUCACAUGAUGCGAGGACCAUCGCGUCCACCGCGUAAGGGUUCUCUGACCCGUAACAUCACCUUCGAGACGGACAUGUCCGCCGCCCUAGACGAGAUGCAGCGCUCCACCUCUGUGCUGGACAUGAAUGGAUUGGGCGACGAGUUGGACGACAAGAAGAAACGCGGUCGUAGUCCCUUCAAGUUCUUCUCAAAGAAGUCACGCGACCAGAGCCGUGAGAAGAUGGGCUCCCGCACCCUGGACACCUCGCUGGAGCGUCGCAACACGGUGGCCCAUGGAAGAAACGUGGUGAACCAGCAGAUGACCACGAGGGCACCCACUCUACGGCUUAAUAAUGCCGACAUCCCGCCCAGUCCCGUGGCCCAGGGUGGACCCAAGCAGCUGAGUGGCUCGAAUCUCGGCCAGCCACCGAUUGAAGGUUCCGGGGAAGAGAUGUUCGAUGCGGAGUGCCUGAAGCUAAUCAACGAGUACUUCUACGGCGUUCGCAUCUUCCCUGGCCAGGAUCCCACGCACGUGUACGUGGGCUGGGUGACUACCCAGUACCAUCUGCACAGCAAGGAAUUCAACAAGAACAAGGUGCGUCGCGGAUCGGUGUACAUCGAGGACGACUACGAGAUGGCCAUCGAGAGGAUUGACCGCCAGAGUUGCUAUGUGGUGCGGGCGGACGAGCUCUUCAACGAGGUGACCCAGGAUGCCUCCGGCAAGGGAGCAUCGCAGGGCAUGUUCGUGGGCUGCUUCGUGGAUACAGCCACUGGCAUCAUCCGCUUCACAUGCGAGGGCAAGGAGACCUCCCACCGCUGGAUGAUGGAGCCGGACACCAAGCUUUUCCCGGCCAUCUUCGUGGAGGCGACCAGCAAGGAGAUCCUUCAAAUCGAACUGGGACGCACUCCCACCACGCUGCCCCUGUCUGCCGCUGUGCUGCCCACCAGUGACAAGCACAUCAGUCCGCAGUCGCCGCCGCGUCUCAAGGUCCAGUGCCUGCGUCCGCAUCAGUGGGCCCGUGUGCCAAACACCGCACUCCAAGUACAUGCCCUCAAGCUGUCCGACAUCCGGGGCUGGUCCAUGCUGUGCGAGGAUCCAGUGUCCAUGCUGGCGCUGCACAUCCCUGAGGAGGAUCGCUGCAUCGACAUUCUGGAGCUGAUUGAGAUGGACAAGCUGUUGUCCUUCCAUGCUCACAGUCUCACCCUGUACGCGGCAUUGUGCUAUCAGUCCAACUAUAGGGCUGCGCAUGCCCUGUGCCAGCAUGUGGACCAGAAGCAACUGCUCUACGCCAUCAGGUCGGAGUACAUGAGCGGACCCCUGCGGCAGGGCUUCUAUGACCUGUUGAUUGCUCUGCAUCUGGAAUCACAUGCCACCACAAUGGAGGUGUGUAAGAACGAGUACAUCACUCCCCUGGGACCGGAGCUGAAGGAGCUGUACAGCGAGGCAGAGAUGCAGCAUUCGCUGCGUUCCCUGGUCACAGAAUCAGUGCGGCCGCAGCUUAGGAUGACGGAGAUCACACCCCCUGUGAUUGCAACAUCUAGUAUGCCAAGUGUUUCCAGCGAACCGAUCCCCAACAUCGACCAAUUGUACUCCCCGAAGUUCCCCCUAGAAGUAGUCAGGCAGUUCGUGAUGGAGGCCCUGAAGGACGCCGUCGAGAUCAACCAGGUCCACAAUCGCGAUCCCAUCGGCUGGACCAACGAGAACCUGUUCCUCCCGCUCAUCAAGCUGACAGAUCGCCUGCUCCUGGUCGGCGUCCUGACCGAUGAGGAUGUGCAGCGGCUGUUGGUCAUGAUCGAUCCAGAGACCUGGGAUGCCGCCUUCGAGAGGGAGGGCAAGGACGAACACCGCAAGGGCUUGCUCACAAUGAAGAUGGCCGAGGGAGCCAAGUUGCAGAUGUGCUACCUGCUGCAUCACCUGUAUGACACCCAGUUGCGGCAUCGCGUGGAAAGCAUCAUCGCCUUCUCGCACGACUUCGUGGGGGAUCUGCAGACCGAUCAGUUGCGACGUUAUAUCGAGAUCAAGCAAUCCGAUCUGCCCAGUGCUGUGGCGGCCAAAAAGACUAAAGAGUUCCGCUGUCCGCCGCGGGAGCAGAUGAACCAGAUUCUCUGCUUCAAGAACCUCGAGCCCGACGACCAGGACAACUGCACCUGCGGCCUUGAGUUGCGCAGCCGCCUGGGUGAUUUCCACGAUUUCCUCAUGCAGAAGGUUUCGCUUAACGCUCUCCAGGAGCCAGAUGGCGUCGAAGGCGCGGCGAUCGAGGAGAUUAAGACGGGGCCCAUAACAAAGAUCUACAACUUCAUCAACACCGUCAAGGAGCUGGAGGAAGGGCCCAAGGAGGUGGAGGAGCCAGAGAAGAAAACGCCCGAGGAGGUGUUCCGCAAGGUGCUCAUCAAGACCAUCGUUAGCUGGGCCGAGGAAUCACAGAUCGAGAAUCCCAAGCUCGUACGCGAAAUGUUCAGUUUGCUGCUGCGUCAAUAUGACACCGUGGGUGAGCUGGUCCGUGCCCUAGAGAAGACCUACGUGAUCAAUAACCGAGCGCGUGACGACGUGGCCGAGAUGUGGGUCGGACUAAGCCAAAUUCGCGCCCUACUGCCCGUCCAGAUGAGCCAGGAGGAGGAGGAACUGAUGCGUAAGCGCCUGUGGAAGCUGGUAAACAAUGCCACCUUCUUCCAGCACCCGGAUCUCAUACGGAUCCUACGCGUUCACGAGAACGUAAUGGCCGUGAUGAUGAACACACUGGGACGGCGGGCACAGGCGCAGAGCGAUGCCCCGACCCAAACUGAGGGCGCCGAAGGGGUUCCGUCCAAGGAGAAGGACACCUCGCACGAGAUGGUGGUGGCCUGCUGCCGGUUCCUCUGCUACUUCUGCCGUACGGGCCGGCAGAACCAGAAGGCCAUGUUCGAUCACUUCGACUUUUUGCUGGACAACGCCAACAUCCUGCUGGCACGACCCAGCCUUCGCGGCUCCACGCCACUGGACGUGGCCUACUCGAGUCUGAUGGAGAACACAGAAUUGGCUCUGGCACUGAGGGAACACUAUCUGGAGAAGAUCGCCGUCUAUCUGUCGCGGUGCGGCCUCCAGAGCAACUCGGAGCUCGUGGAGAAAGGCUAUCCGGACCUGGGCUGGGAUCCCGUGGAGGGAGAGCGCUACCUGGACUUCCUGCGCUACUGCGUUUGGGUCAACGGCGAGAGCGUCGAGGAGAAUGCGAACCUUGUCAUUCGACUUCUUAUCCGUCGUCCGGAAUGCCUGGGACCGGCUCUAAGAGGAGAAGGAGAAGGUCUGUUCCGCGCCAUCGUCGAGGCCAAUCGCAUGUCGGAGCGCAUCUCGGACCGCUGCAAGAUGCAGGACGAGGCCGAGGGCACCAUUGCCGGCCUGAACUUCACCCAUCCGCUGCCUGAGGGAGAGGAGGAUGAGGACUACAUUGACACCGGUGCCGCCAUCCUGAACUUCUACUGUACUUUGGUGGACCUGCUGGGCCGCUGUGCACCGGAUGCCUCGGUCAUUGAGCAGGGCAAAAACGAGUCCCUGAGAGCCAGAGCUAUUCUGAGAUCUCUGGUGCCGCUGGAGGAUCUCCAGGGUGUGCUUAGCCUGAAGUUUACCCUGUCGCAGACGGCACCCGGUGAGGAAAAGCCCAAGUCGGACAUGCCGUCGGGCCUGCUGCCCAACAAUAAACAGAGCAUCGUGCUCUUCCUGGAGCGUGUCUAUGGCAUCGAGACGCAGGAUCUCUUCUAUCGCCUACUGGAGGAUGCCUUCCUUCCCGACCUGCGCACCGCCACCAUUCUGGACAAGAGCGAUGGCUCCGAGAGUGACAUGGCCCUGGCCAUGAAUCGCUACAUUGGCAACUCUAUCCUGCCGCUGCUGAUCAAGCACUCCAAGUUCUACAACGAGGCCGAGAACUACGCCAGCCUCUUGGAUGCCACAUUGCACACGGUCUACCGGCUGUCCAAGAACCGUAUGCUCACCAAGGGGCAGCGCGAGGCGGUCUCCGACUUCCUGGUGGCCCUCACAUCCCAAAUGCAACCUGCCAUGCUGCUCAAGCUGCUGCGCAAGUUGACUGUGGAUGUGUCCAAGCUGUCCGAAUACACCACCGUGGCCCUCCGGCUCCUUACCCUGCACUUCGAUCGCUGCGCCAAGUAUUACGGCUCAACUCAAGGCCAGGGCUCGUAUGGGGCGUCCUCGGACGAGGAGAAGCGUUUGACCAUGCUGCUGUUCUCGAACAUUUUUGACUCGCUCAGCAACAUGGACUAUGACCCGGAACUGUUCGGUAAGGCCCUGCCCUGCCUGAUUGCCAUCGGCUGUGCCUUGCCCCCCGACUACAGUCUGUCGAAGAACACGGACGAGGACUACUAUGGCCGCCAGAUGGGAGCUCCCGACCAGCCGCAAUAUAUGCCUAAUCCGAUUGACACUAACAAUGUCCACCUGGACAAUGACCUCAACUCGCUGGUCCAGAAGUUCAGCGAGCAUUACCACGAUGCCUGGGCCAGCAGGCGUCUCGAAGGUGGAUGGACUCACGGGGACAUCCGAUCCGACAACGAUCGCAAGCAUCCACGUCUGAAGCCAUAUAACAUGCUCAGUGAAUAUGAACGUGAGCGUUACCGGGAUCCAGUGCGUGAGUGCCUCAAGGGUCUCCUGGCCAUUGGCUGGACUGUGGAGCACUCCGAGGUGGAGGUGCCGCUGAAUCAUCGUGGAUCGACGCGUCGCCAGUCGAAGCCCCAGAUUCACGAAUUCCAGAAUGAGGGCAGUCCCUUCAACUACAACCCGCACCCGGUGGACAUGAGCAACCUGACCCUGAGCAGGGAAAUGCAGAACAUGGCCGAGCGCCUGGCGGAGAAUUCCCACGACAUUUGGGCCAAGAAGAAGAACGAGGAGCUGAAUGGCUGUGGAGGAGUCAUCCACCCCCAGCUGGUGCCCUACGACCUGCUGACCGACAAGGAGAAGAAGAAGGAUCGCGAGCGUUCGCAGGAGUUCCUCAAGUAUAUGCAGUAUCAGGGCUACAAGCUGCACAAGCCUUCAAAGGGCGGCGCUGUGGAGGAAGGAGGCGCCACCCAGGCGGCCGUUGAGCUACGCUUCUCAUACUCUCUGCUGGAGAAACUUAUCCAGUAUCUGGACCGAGCCACCAUCAACAUGAAGCUGCUGAAGCCAUCGACCACUUUCAGCCGCCGCUCAUCCUUCAAGACGGCCACGCGGGACAUCAAGUUCUUCUCGAAGGUGGUCCUCCCCCUGAUGGAGAAGUACUUCUCCACGCAUCGCAAUUACUUCAUUGCCAUUGCCACGGCAACGAACAACAUUGGAGCAGCCUCGCUCAAGGAGAAGGAAAUGGUGGCCUCAAUCUUCUGCAAGCUGGCGGCUCUGCUGCGCAACCGGUUGAGUGCCUUUGGGCCAGAUGUCCGCAUCACGGUGCGUUGCCUCCAGGUGCUAGUAAAAGGAAUCGAUGCCCGCACGCUGACCAAGAACUGCCCGGAGUUCAUUCGCACCUCCAUGCUGACGUUCUUCAAUCAGACGUCCGAUGAUCUGGGCAACACGAUCCUCAAUCUGCAGGACGGCAAGUACAGUCACCUGAGGGGUACGCACCUGAAGACCUCCACGUCACUGGGCUAUGUCAACCAGGUGGUACUGCCCGUGCUCACGGCCAUGUUUGAUCAUUUGGCCGCCUGCGACUAUGGCAGCGAUCUGCUGCUGGACGAGAUCCAGGUGGCCUCGUAUAAGAUUCUGGCGGCCCUUUAUCACCUGGGCACGGAUGCCACGCUGACGCACGACCGAAAAUAUCUAAAGACGGAGAUCGAGCGACAUCGCCCCGCUCUAGGCUCGUGCCUGGGAGCCUACAGCUCCUGCUUCCCGGUGGCCUACCUGGAGCCGCAUCUGAACAAGCACAACCAGUACUCGCUGCUCAACCGCAUUGCGGAUCACUCGCUGGAGGCGCAGGACAUCAUGGUGAAGAUGGAGAGCUGCAUGCCCAAUUUAGAGACCAUUCUCGCCGAGGUGGACCAGUUCGUGGAGUCGGACAAGACAUACAACGAUGCACCGCACAUUAUCGACGUGAUCCUGCCGCUGCUUUGCGCUUAUCUGCCCUUCUGGUGGUCUCAGGGCCCGGAUAACGUGAGCCCGACCAGCGGCAAUCACGUGACCAUGGUCACCGCUGACCACAUGAAUCCGCUGCUCCGCAAUGUUCUAAAGAUGAUCAAGAAGAACAUUGGCAACGACAACGCACCGUGGAUGACAAGGAUUGCUGCAUACACGCAGCAGAUCAUCAUCAAUACGUCGGAGGAGCUGCUCAAGGAUCCGUUCCUGCCGCUGGCCGAGCGGGUGAAGAAGCGGACUGAGAAUAUGCUCCAUAAAGAAGACAGCAUGCGAGGCUUCAUCAAGUCGGCCACGGACGACACCUCACAGGUGGAAACGCAGCUACAGGAGGAUUGGAACCUGCUGGUGCGCGACAUCUACUCUUUCUAUCCGCUGCUGAUCAAGUACGUGGAUUUGCAGCGCAAUCAUUGGCUAAAGGACAACAUACCCGAGGCCGAGGAGUUGUACAACCAUGUGGCGGAGAUUUUCAAUAUUUGGUCGAAGAGCCAGUACUUCCUCAAGGAGGAGCAGAACUUUAUCUCGGCCAACGAGAUCGACAACAUGGCCCUGAUUAUGCCCACGGCCACGCGCAGAUCUGCCAUCUCUGAGGGUGUCCCUGCCGUUGGCGGCAAGGUAAAGAAGAAAAAGAAGAACCGCGACAAGAAGCGCGACAAGGACAAGGAGGUGCAGGCCAGUCUCAUGGUGGCCUGCCUGAAGCGUCUCCUACCCGUGGGCCUGAACCUGUUCGCUGGCCGGGAGCAGGAGCUGGUGCAGCACUGCAAGGAUCGCUACCUGAAGAAGAUGCCCGAGUACGACGUGAUCGAGUUCGCCCGCAUGCAGCUGACCCUGCCCGACAAGCUGGACCCCUCCGACGAGAUGUCCUGGCAGCACUACCUGUACUCCAAGCUGGGCAAGACGGAGGAGCCGGUGGACGAGCAGGCGCUGGAGAAGGCCAAUGUCAAUGCCAACGAGAAGGGCAAGGACAAGACCCAGGAGACGGUGGACCGCAUCGUGGCCAUGGCCAAGGUUCUGUUUGGCCUGCACAUGAUCGACCAUCCACAACAGCAGAGCAAAAAUGUCUACAGGAGCGUUGUGUCGAUCCAAAGGAAGCGUGCCGUUAUCGCAUGCUUCCGUCAGACAUCGCUACAUUCUCUACCCAGACAUCGGGCUUGCAACAUUUUUGCCCGCUCCUACUACGAGCAGUGGCUGCAGGAGGAGAACGUGGGCCAGGAGGUGAUGGUCGAGGAUCUGACGCAGACUUUCGAGGAUUCCGAAAAGUCCAAGAAGGACGAGGAGGAGACGGACAGCAAGCCGGAUCCGCUCACCCAGCUGGUGACCACCUUCUGCCGCGGCGCCAUGACCGAGCGCAGUGGUGCCCUCCAGGAGGAUUUGCUCUACAUGUCCUACGCCCAGAUUGCGGCCAAGUCCUGCGGCGAGGAGGAGGAGGAGGGCGGCGACGAGGAGGGCGGUGAGGGUGGCGAAGAGGGCGAAGGCACCAGUAUCCAUGAACAAGAGAUGGAGAAGCAAAAGCUGCUCUUCCACCAGGCGCGCCUCUCGAAUCGUGGCGUUGCCGAAAUGGUGCUGUUGCACAUUUCCGCCUCCAAAGGUAUACCUUCGGAGAUGGUAAUGACGACACUCAAUCUCGGCAUCGCCAUUCUCCGCGGCGGCAACAUCGACAUCCAGAUGGGAAUGUUGAAUCACCUCAAGGAGAAGAAGGACGUCGGGUUCUUCACCUCGAUUGCCGGACUGAUGAACUCCUGCAGCGUGCUCGACCUGGACGCCUUCGAGCGUAACACCAAAGCAGAGGAGUAUAUUCCGAGUGCGGGUGCAGGUCUUGGUGUAGGUUCCGAGGGUGCUGCCGGCGAGAAGAACAUGCACGAUGCGGAGUUCACCUGUGCCCUGUUCCGGUUCAUCCAGCUCACCUGUGAGGGUCACAAUUUGGAGUGGCAGAACUACUUGAGGACCCAGGCCGGCAACACCACCACUGUUAACGUAGUCAUCUGCACGGUGGAUUAUCUGCUGCGACUGCAGGAGUCCAUUAUGGACUUCUACUGGCAUUACUCCAGCAAGGAGAUCAUUGAUCCCGCGGGCAAGGCCAACUUUUUCAAGGCCAUCGGAGUGGCCAGCCAGGUAUUCAACACCCUUACUGAGGUCAUCCAGGGUCCUUGUACCCUCAAUCAGCAGGCAUUGGCCCACUCCAGGUUGUGGGAUGCCGUUGGAGGAUUCCUGUUCCUGUUCUCGCACAUGCAGGACAAGCUUUCGAAGCACUCCAGCCAAGUGGAUCUGCUCAAAGAGCUGCUCAAUCUGCAGAAGGACAUGAUCACCAUGAUGUUGUCUAUGCUGGAAGGAAAUGUUGUGAAUGGCACCAUUGGCAAGCAGAUGGUGGACACUCUUGUGGAGUCCGCCUCCAAUGUGGAGCUUAUCCUCAAGUACUUUGACAUGUUCCUCAAACUGGCUGACCUCAUCGAAUCGCCCAGCUUCCAUGAGAUCGACAUGAAGAACGAGGGCUGGGUAACGCCCAAGGACUUCAGGGAGAAGAUGGAGCAAUCCAAGAACUACACGCCGGAAGAAAUGGAUUUCCUUUUGGCCUGCUGCGAGCGCAACCACGAGGGCAAAAUCGACUACCGGGCCUUCGUGGAGCGCUUCCACGAACCAUCAAAGGAGAUCGGUUUCAACCUGGCUGUGCUGCUGACCAACCUCAGCGAACACAUGCCCAACGAGCCGCGCUUGGCGCGCUUCCUGGAGACCGCCGGCUCGGUGCUAAAUUAUUUCGAGCCCUUCCUGGGCCGCAUCGAGAUUCUCGGCAGCUCCAAGCGCAUCGAGCGCGUCUACUUCGAAAUCAAGGACUCAAACAUCGAGCAGUGGGAGAAGCCGCAGAUUCGCGAAUCCAAGCGCGCCUUCUUCUACUCCAUCGUCACCGAGGGCGGUGACAAGGAGAAGCUGGAAGCCUUUGUCAACUUCUGUGAGGACGCCAUCUUUGAGAUGACCCAUGCCUCCGGCCUGAUGGCCACCGAUGACGGUGGCGGCAAUGUGAAACGAGACACCGCCUAUAGUUCCUACAUGAGCGAGGAGGAGGAGGAGCGUGCCGCCCGAGAUCCCAUCCGACGCACUAUCACCGCCGUCAAGGAGGGCCUCAAGUUCGGCGUGCACAUGCUCAGUCCGGCGAACAUUAAGCACCAGAUCGGCGUCAUGCAGACCAAGUCCAUCCCAGAGCUGAUCGUCGGCUUCUUCAAGAUCAUCUUCUACAUCUUUUACUACACCGGAUAUGCGCACUUCUGCGUGGUGCGUUAUAUAUUCGGCAUCCUGCUGAACCUGAUGCGUGGACCUGCUCCGGAGCAGGAGGAGGAGCCAGUUGUAGAGGAGGAAACGUUUGGAAGAGCCCUGCCACCGCUACCGCUUGAGGAGCCGCCGGGCACGGUACAAGCUUUUGGCCUGGACAUCAACAAGGAGGAGAACGGUAUGUACAAGGUGGUGGUGCACGAGUCUCCGGCCAAUUCCUCAAUGGAGGAGGGCGGCGAGUCGAGUCCCGAGGACGGUACGGCCAUCACCGGUGAACUGGCAGAGGGCGAGCCACACCAGGAGCCAAUCUCCAUUGUGGAUCUGCUGGGUGGUGAGGCAGCCAAGAAGGCGGCCCAGGAGCGUCAGGAGGCACAGAAGGCCCAAGAGGCGGCAAUGGCCUCCAUCGAGGCGGAGGCCAAGAAAUCAUCGGCCGCGCCACAGGAGACGCCUGCCGUCCACCAGAUAGACUUCUCGCAGUACACCCAUCGGGCCGUCAGCUUCCUGGCCAGGAACUUCUACAACCUCAAGUACGUGGCCCUGGUGCUGGCCUUCAGCAUCAACUUCAUGCUCCUCUUCUACAAGGUCACCUCGUUUGCCGAGGAAGGCGAAAGCUCCGGCGAGGAGGAACUCAUCCUGGGCUCUGGCUCAGGUGCAGGUGCGGACAUCACGGGCUCCGGCUUUGGGGGAUCAGGAGACGGUGGGUCGGGCGAUGGGGAAAUGGAAGACGAGAUACCAGAACUUGUGCACGUGGACGAGGACUUCUUCUACAUGGAACACGUAUUACGCAUGGCCGCCUGUCUGCACUCGCUCGUCUCCCUGGCCAUGCUGAUCGCCUACUAUCACCUCAAGGUACCUCUGGCCAUCUUCAAGCGCGAAAAGGAAAUUGCCCGCCGACUGGAGUUCGAUGGCCUGUUCAUUGCGGAGCAACCGGAGGAUGACGACUUCAAAUCGCACUGGGACAAACUGGUGAUAUCUGCAAAGAGCUUCCCGGUCAACUAUUGGGACAAGUUCGUAAAGAAGAAGGUGCGACAAAAGUACAGCGAGACCUAUGACUUCGACUCCAUCUCCAACCUGCUGGGCAUGGAAAAGAGCGCCUUCACCGCACAGGAGAGCGAGGAGACGGGCAUCUUCAAGUACAUCAUGAACAUCGAUUGGCGCUACCAGGUGUGGAAGGCCGGAGUGACCUUCACGGACAACGCUUUCCUCUACUCGCUGUGGUACUUUAGCUUCUCGGUGAUGGGCAACUUCAAUAACUUCUUCUUUGCCGCCCAUCUGCUGGAUGUGGCCGUGGGCUUCAAGACGCUGCGCACCAUCCUGCAGUCCGUCACCCACAACGGCAAACAACUUGUCCUGACCGUGAUGCUCCUGACCAUUAUUGUAUACAUCUACACAGUGAUUGCCUUUAACUUCUUCAGGAAGUUCUACAUUCAGGAAGAGGACGAGGAGGUGGACAAGAAGUGUCACGACAUGUUGACUUGCUUCGUCUUCCAUCUGUACAAGGGCGUGAGAGCGGGCGGUGGCAUAGGCGACGAGAUCGGUGAUCCGGAUGGCGAUGACUAUGAGGUCUAUCGCAUCAUCUUCGACAUCACGUUCUUCUUCUUCGUGAUCAUUAUCCUGCUGGCCAUCAUCCAGGGUCUGAUUAUCGACGCCUUCGGCGAGCUGCGUGACCAGCUGGAGUCGGUGAAGGACAACAUGGAGUCCAAUUGCUUCAUAUGCGGAAUGGGCAAGGACUUCUUCGACAUAGUACCGCACGGCUUCGACACGCACGUCCAGAAGGAGCAUAACCUAGCCAAUUACAUGUUCUUCCUGAUGCAUUUGAUUAACAAGCCGGACACGGAGUACACCGGCCAGGAGACGUACGUGUGGAACAUGUACCAGCAGCGCAGCUGGGACUUCUUCCCGGUGGGUGACUGCUUCCGCAAGCAGUACGAGGACGAGCUAUCCGGCGGAGGCGGCGGCGGCUAAGUACACUUUGGAGCCGACCUCCGCAUUCUGGGCACAAUCACACGGCACUGGACGGUCCAAGGA